AUGUCGGCUAGCUCAGUACAGCGCGCAGCCCAGGUCGUCUUCGUCGUCCUCGGCGUCAUCGUGCUCGGGGUAAAUGGCCACAUCCUCGGUCUGAUCCAAACUGCUGAUAGCCAGGGCAGCUCGUACGCAUGGCGACGCUCCGAGCCGGCACAUGCCGCACACUCUUUCGACAAGCGCAAGAAAGGUGGCGGUAGCUCGCAUGCCGGCGACAUCUAUGGUAAUGCCACGACCGAGUUGUCCAAGACGAAGGCAGCGUACAUCGUCAUCGAAGUGUGGGCCGCGCUUGUUGUCGCUUGGAGUGUGCUGCACUUGCUCCUGUCAAGCGCGAGUCCGAACAGCUGGUUCGUCGGUGUAAACCGAGACCUCUGGAUUGGCGCCAUCCUCGUCGCGCUGGGUAUUGGUGGCGUGGCAGCUGGAACGUCGCGCGGAGGCGGCGCACCCCUCAUCGACGCCAACCUGGCCAUCGCCUGGAUCCUCUGGGUAGCGCUUCUCGCCCUCGUCGCGUGGAAGACAUACUAUGUCCGACGGCACUUCCCCGGUGAGGAGAACGGCCAGCGGAGCCUGAGCAACCUGGAGGGGGAGGCGCCACCCUCCAACUCCACGGAUGUCGUCACGGCGAAGGAGCUCCAGAGGCGAUUUGAUCAACCCGCCCUAGUGGAGGUUGUGCGGAGACCGAACCACCUUCCGCAACGCGACGAGCGAAACGACUCGACGGUGACGGGCAGCAGCUUCGACAAGCCGGAGGAAAAGGACCAACUGCACCAAGACGACGUGGCGCUAGACACGCCCGCCCCUACCCCGGUACCUGCACCGAAGCCCACCGCCAAAGAUCUCCACGCGAGGUUCUCGAAGCCCGCGGCCAACCCGACAGUCAAUUCGAACGGCAGGCCGCAGCACCUGCCUUCACGCCCCGCCCCCGCCCCGGAUGCCCCCGUCGACACCGAGCCUAGGAGGCCCAGUGCGGUCGGCACUGCCAGGGACAUCCAGAAGCGGUUUACCGCCUCGGCGGGCCUCACUGCAGCUGACCGGGAGAAAAUGGCUUCGAGGGACCUGGCCCGUCGGCUAGGGGAGUGA